AUGGGAUUGAGUCCACUACCAAGAAAAGCGACCACGUCGCCUAUCGACAUACCAGGUGGCGAUAGACACGGCCACAUAAUCGAGCCGCAUUCACACAGUCUUAAGACCGACCCGUUAUCAAGUAACAAUAGUAGUCUCGUAUCCAAAACUUCCACCAAUCUGAGCUUAGAGAGCCCUUUCUCUUCGAAGUCUUUACUAGACUGCCCCCCUGCGCAACCGAUAAAGGACUCUCGAGAUUCACAAGGUGGUAACCGUAAUAUGGAAGAGGAAACUAUUACAGGAGAUAGCGAAAGUGUCUUAAACAUAGUAGAUUUCCCCACGGAUGAGCUCAUACUAAUGGUAAGUGCGUUGUUGAACAAAAUUGUGAAGGCCAACGAUGAAACUACAGAUCCCUCACAACAACUAGUAGAAGACGAUGAAGACGAACUCUUGGCUCCCGUUUUGGCAUUUUAUGGGAAAAACGUCCCUGAGAUCGCCGUGGUCCAGUACUUGGAGAGAAUUCAAAAAUACUGUCCCACCACAAAUGACAUCUUUCUUUCCUUACUAGUGUAUUUCGAUAGAAUAUCCAAAAAUUAUGGGUCCAGUCCUGACCGAAAUGACCAUGUAAAGCAAAUGUUCGUUAUGGACUCCGGAAAUAUCCACAGAUUGCUCAUUACGGGUAUAACGAUAUGCACGAAAUUCAUGAGCGACUUUUUUUAUAGCAACUCUCGGUACGCCAAGGUCGGAGGAAUUUCCUUGCAAGAAUUGAAUCACUUGGAAUUGCAAUUCCUAGUCCUGUGCGACUUCAAAUUACUAGUCUCGAGGGAAGAAAUGCAGAAAUAUGCAGACUUGUUAUAUAAAUUCGGGAACGACCAGUAG